AUGCGACACAUCAGUCGAGCGUUCGGGUCGGAUGAUGACAGCGGCACCAGCACCGAUGUAUCGUGCAUCUUCUCUGACGAGAGCACCGAUGAUGAAACCUUGGACAGUGCACCCGAAGAAGAAAGUGAUGAUGAUCUGGAGGAUGAUUCUGACAAUGAUUCAAUCCUGGAUAAUGAGGACGAACAGGAACGCCCUGCAGCGUACUACCUUAAAGAGGCUGAAUGCCUUGAUGUCUCGCAACUCCGACAGAAGCGAUACAGUCCAAGAACCCAGGCUAGCUUAGACAAAACACGGGAUUACUGGGACCGAUUCUGCUACGAAGGAAACCACGAUCCGAUUGAACGCUUUCACUGGCUUUCUGACUCUGAGGAAACCAUCCGAUUCUUCAAAGCGUUCUUCUCCUGGCGAUGCGAUCGGCGACGAAACAAGAAGGGAGGCCGGACACCAGGAAUACAAUACAAAAGCUCGUUAGAGACCUUCUGGAAAUGGUGGCACCUGGUUUACAAGGCGGAGGUUGGGCAGGGCCUAAACAAAGACCUCACUGUGAAGAUUCUGGAUGUACUGGCGAUCGUUGCUCAGGAGAAAGGCCUUAAAAACGGACGUCGACCGAAGGCAACUAUGUUCAUCGAAGACGUAGCGGAAUUCGCCCGCGUGCUCCUGUCAACGACAGAGAUGACAUUUCAGUUUGGGUGGCUUCGGAUACAACUGCUGCUCUUCUGCCAGCUGGCUGCCAUCACUGGUUGCCGACCAGGGGCUAUGCUUAACUUGCGUUAUCGGGACCUUGUGCUGACUCUAAUCCGUAAUCCGGAUGGAGGGCGUCCCCAGUUAUUUAUUUACUUCACGCCGGAGUUCACCAAGACUUUCCUGGGCGAGAAGGAAAAGAAUACCUUUCCCAUUCCUGAGAUUAUCUUUGACCCAACAUUGGUCUUGAGCCCUCAUGUGUUCCUUCUAGGGAUGCUGUUUCGUAUUCAGGGGUUCAAGAAUUUCUCAGAGAAUGGGCUCGUGUUGGACUGUCCUGAAAACUUGUAUAAACUUGGUGUCCUGGAUGGACUUGGACAACAAGAGCUGAAAUUGAAAGAUGAAAUUCUUGAUCAAUUUGUGUUCUGUCAGGCCGUCCGCGAACCAGACGGUAUUCGAAUCCUGUUGGGGGAGCAACUAACAGAAGGAGCACUGCGAUAUCGAAUGAAGCGGGGAGGUGAAAUCACAGGGUUUGAACAGGUCACCAAGCCCUACGGACUGCGGUAUGGAGCUGCAAAAGCAUUCAAUGACAGUCCGGAAGUUACAAACGAGCUCCAGAAUGUGAUGUUGCAGCAUGCUAGCAUCAAUACCUUUGUUAAACAUUAUAGUGUCGGCAUCCAUGUUGACGCUCAGGCGAUUGUUCGGGGGCUGCCAUCUCAGAAACAGCUGAUGCGGUUCGCAGCAUCGAUGAGCCGGUCGAUCGAUCCCCGCCGACCUUACAGGCUUGAGGACACUCGCUGUGUCAACGAAAUCCCUUGUGUGCGUGCUCUGCAGAACCGAGUCUCUGAAAGAAAACAAUACCGGGACAAGAUGAAGCGCGCUUUCGAGAAGGCAGAACAGGACUUUCAGCAAAACUUUGGGGACUAUGCACAUCACAAAGAAGUUAAGGAGCUACCGCCUCCCACUCGACAGGCACUUUACAGUUUGACGAAGUGCAAGAAAGAGUACACGCGAGCAAGCCAGAGAUAUUGCCGGGCGCAGCGUGUGUUUCGGAAUGAGUGGCAACGGCAACGAAACCGCUUAGUUCGUGAGAAUCUGGAAAGAUAUAAGAAUGAGCAGCCGGUGAUUGACAGCGAGAGGCAGCUUUCUGGGAAGUUAUUGGAUAGUGAGGUGAAGGGGGCUCUGGAGCGAACCGGGUAUAUGACCCCGCAGCAUAUGAUUCUAAUCGAUACCAUCUUGACCGCGCCAGGCUCAACUGUUGAAAAAGAAUAUCAGCGUCGGAUUGCUGCUAUCAAUGCUGUCAUUGCUUUCUGUGACGUGGAAGAGGGAUCACCUGUCAGACGACCAAAUGCUUUGCGGAAGCGUCCUGCUGUAGAUGCUUUACCAUCUACUCCACCUGCAAAAAGGCAACAUUGCCCUUUGCCUGACAGGGAAACAACCACUCUUUCUCAAGCAGUUGCAUCUGUCUGCGUGAAGAAUCGAGACGAACGGCCGACAAUUUGCUUUCUUUGCCUUGGAAAUCCUCGAAUGCCAGAAAAUAAGCGAUUUAAAAACUACAAUACCCCUGGAUCCCUUACCCGUCACUUUGUCGACAUCCAUGUCGUGCCAUAUCCAGAAGAUAUGCGGGUUAGAUGCAGCAUCUGCCAGGAGGAGUUGGAGAGCAAGGCAGCAUUACUAAACCAUGCUGAGAGGAUGCAUGGGACUGUCUCACGCCGCCCGUUGUCCGCCCUGGGCCCGAUAUAG